CAGGCAGUAAACACAAUUGUAACAAUUAGUUUUGCUAUUUGUACAGCAACCUCAACAUUUGUAUCAGAAUACAAAUACUACUGCGACGACGACGACGACGACUACGACUACUUAUAAUAAUAAUAAUAAUAAUAAUAAUAAUAAUAAUAAUAAUAAUAAUAAUAAUAAUAAUUCCCAGGGGAAAACAAUGUAUCAGCCGUAUGAGUUUUUCUUAACCCAAAAGAAGAGAGUUCCGGAACAAUUCUACUCCAAUACCUUCAGGAUAUUUAAUGAGAAAUUGCCAGAAAGCCUUGGACGUGAACGAUACAAUCACAAUUAUGUGUUUCGAAGGAACAGCUCAUUACUAGACCAUCAGAGUUCACCAAAUAUACACAACAUACCUCAGCCUUACUAUGCUAAAUGCAUCACAACUAAUGUCAGAAGCUUUAAUGAUCCAAUAUAUUACAUCGAAACAGAAAACCAGUGUAAUUGGUGGCAAAGUGCACCAAACAGCAAGUUGCAGCAUUCCCCACCUUAUAGCAGAGACAGCACCCAGAGAAGCGAUUUCACGUCCUUGCCGCAGACACAUAUUCUGAAUACAAGAUAUGGAGCAAACCCAAAUAAAUCUCCUGCUUCAGGAAUUGUUCCAACUGCAAGUCCAAAAUCAACACCAAAGGUUUUACUUGAGAAGAUGUCUUUCAUCCACCAAUAUGAUUCGAGGAAAUGGGAAAAUGAACCAAUUCGAGGAAGGCGUCAUGGAGCCUUUGUGUGGACAGAGAUAAGGCCAACAAGUGGGCUUAGGGCUCCCAGUGGAACAGAUGCAUUCCUGAGCACUGAAAGGUCACGUUCACUACCAGCACAGCAGAGAACAGAGAAAGGAAGUACAGGGGAAGGCAAGAUGACCUCACUUGAGCAUGUCUCACAAUAUCCCCCACAGAUGUUGGACUUUGGAACUCACUUAUUGAAAACAGACCUGAAGGACGCAGCCAAGGCCUAUCCCAAGAUUCCCGCCCAAGAUCCAGCUAAGCUGGGCGUUCCUCAGGCAGCUGGAGUGAACAGUGUUCCAGCUAAAGGGGAGGGCAUCCAUGCAGAUCCAAUCCCAACUUCUCUUGAACAGAAAUGCCAGGGCAGGUCCAAUAGUUCGCAUAGCAACGUUAGCACACCAAAACUACCCUCCUCCACUGCAAUAUGCAGUGCAUCUUCAGCUAAUUCACAAGUGGACACACUUGUUCCAACCAUCGACAAUAACGUCAGACUCCAGAUGGCACCAGUGGGCAGGCAGUUAAAUUGAACACUGAAACCCUUUGGUUUAACAGCAGCUGGCAACUUUGAUGUGAUCUAGGAAUGAUAUCCUAUGGGUCUGGGGGCUCUGUCACCUAGAAAAGAAUUUGAUGCAGUGGGAAUUCAUAAACCUAAAAAUAAAAGAUUUAAAAAAUACAUGUAUUCUCAUACAGUAUUUAUUCUCAUAUACCGUAUUUGUUUGUACUUCUGUUACUAUCUCACUCUGCUUAUUAUCAUACUUUUACAUUAAACUGAAUGCACCUCUUUCUUUUACAUGUAAGUUGUUGAGACCUUGGUUUUAAAUAUCGCUAUUUGCUUAAAUAAAGCGUAAGAUUGGACAAUUUACUGUAUUAAAAAGUUUUGACACCAUGUAGUAAUUGUUCCGUACAGUACAUGGGUUAUAUUGGUCUUUGUUGAUUUUCUGAAUUUACAGCUUGAUGUUUAUUAUGGCCAAUAUGUUGUACAUGUACAGUAUAAUAAAAUACGUAUUAUCAAAUAGUUUUUAAAUCAGUGCAUUAAUUAGCACAAUGUGUUGUUUGUGGAUUUUCACAUCAUUAAAGAGCUAUACUUGUUUGACACUUUUCCGUGUUUUAUUUCAAUGCGGACAGACAAUAG